AUGACCCAUGCACCACACGACAUCAUCGUGCCCACCAUGUUCCCCAGCAGCUCCUCAGGCGGCCUCGCCGGCGCGUUCGGGCCACCGCCUGUGGCGACGGAGGCGGCCGAGGAGACGGACGCCAGGACCAUGCAGCUCUUCCCAACGCGCGCCGGCGCGUCGCAGCCGUCCCGAGAGCGGGCGGAGGUGAAGGCGACGACGUCGGCGCAGCUGACCAUCUUCUACGGCGGGCGGGUGGUCGUGUUCGAGGACUUCCCGGUGGACAAGGCCACGGAGCUGAUGCAGAUGGCAGGGUCCGCGACCUCGCCGGUACCGGAGAAAGGAGCACCAGCCGCAGCCGUGCCGCAGAAGCCGGCGGACGCGCAGCCAUCGUCCGGGGUCACCGACUUGCCAAUCGCCAGGAAGGCGUCGCUGUAG